CUUUGAACUCGGAAAUACCUAGAUCAUUACCAGGAACUAAACAGCCGUCGCCAAAUCAACAUUUACUAAGGAAGUUUUCCCAGAGUUGCUUGCUGUAGCUAUGACCUUCUAUUCGUAGUCUAAAGACAUGCUUGAUCACUAGCGUAUGUAUUCGGAAUACCUCGGCAAUACUUCCUCCCAACGCUUGUGACCAGCAAUUACCCGAUUAAGUUCCAACAUGGCCGAAGCCUACCCUUCACCAGAAUACAAGUGUUUGUUGUGCAUGAAGCCGUACAACCAGCCGAGGGAGCUACCGUGUAACCACACAUUCUGCUGCCCGUGUCUGACGUCAUAUAUCGAUAAAGAACAUAGGACGGCAGAUGAGGACCGUCACUACUUUCCAUGUCCAGUCUGUGACAAACCAACUAGCCCACGUGACGUCAACACGGAUGUAGACGCCUGGGGGACCUCGUUUCCGAUAAACAAUCUCUUUAUCAACCAGACAACAAAGUCGUCAGAUGACCAGAACUGUGAGGCGUGUCGAAGGAUAGGAGAAUCCAACCAUGCUGUUGUCUGGUGCACUGGCUGCACUGAGAUGCUCUGUAGAGAGUGCAGAAGUUUUCACGAACGAAACAAAAUGACAGCAAAACAUCGACUUGUUCCCAACAAAGAUCGAGGAUUUUGUGAUACAACGGUAAACGAAAACUGUCCUAACCACGAAGGACAUCCGUUGGAGGUUUACUGUCUUGAUCACAGCUCUAUGUGUUGUUGUAUAUGUGUUGCCAUUUCACACAAAAACUGCAACCAUAUCAAACCAAUAGAUGAUGUGAUCAAGGCAACCUUUACUGGGCAACCUUCACUCGAGACAGCAUGGAAAAUUAUCAAAGACAAGGCAACGACGAUGUUAGAGGACGAUGAGUCUGGGAUGACCUUACUGAAUACCAAAGAAAAGGAUGUAAUAGUGGAUAUGACGCGAAAAAUACAGCAAGCCAAAGAUAAGCUUGAUGGUCUCAACACAACGUUUCAGUCGGAACUCGCGGAUCAGUGCAAAGUACACAGACAACAGCAUUCUGCUCGAAUGGAAUGUGUCAAGAAAUUCCAAACAAAUGCAGAAAAUUCCAAUAUUCUAAUGACUCGUUUUGACAAGCAAUGUACGGAUCGACAGCGAUUUGUUAUGAGAGAGAAAACGAAACAACAGUUAUCAGGACAUUACCGUCGUAUGGAUCAAAACACCAAGAGGCAGCCUAACACGUUUGACCUGAAACUCAACAUAGUAACUGUUAUUGACGAGAUAAUGAAGAUGACAACUAUUGGGAAAGUUGACGUGAUAUCGAAAAUAUCAUCGACCUCACAGAAUGCGGAUUCACGUGUCGGUACAUUGCUCGGGACUCUGAUGUCAACACCUUCAGCUACAACAUUUUCCGACUCUACUUCAGCCUCCGACCUUGUCGGAUCUCCAACUCAAGGACCGGCCACAGUGGAUGUGUGGACUGGUUCCGUAUCUUGUGUAUUCUCGGUCGACAGACGUUCACUGGAAGGAGAAGAAACGUCCUACUUUACAGGAGGAAUGUUUACUGAUAACGAUGAAUUACUUGUCACAGAUCUCAACAACUGCAGACUCGUGUUGUUUGAUGACAAGUAUCGCUACAAGAGAGAAUACAAAGUUAAAGGAAACCCAUUAGAUGUAACGCGUGGCCUUAAUACUGAUGAGAUACUUGUUAGUAUCGUAAAAAGUGGGUUUAUGAGAUGUACACUACGGGAGGAUCAGCUGACCGUAAUGGAAACAAUCAGCUGUACAAUCUACGUCUAUGGAAUAGCAGUUCUCGGAGAUAACAUACUGGUUUGUACUGAUCGUAGUGUGGAAGUAAUGUCAGCGGAUGGAAGAGUAAAAAAGUCAAUACAGAAGGAGUUUGAAUACGCCACACACAUUGCCGCAUCUACAUCUACGUCAACGUUUUACUGCAGAGAUGGUAAUGACAUCGUGUGUAGACGACUAGACAGCGACGUAGAAGACUACAGAUACAGUGACCCUGGUCUGAGGAGUCCUAUUGGUAUCGGACUGGACCGUGAUAACAAUGUGUAUGUGUGUGGACAUGACUCCGGCAAUGUUUACAUUGUUUCACCUGACGGGUCACGGGGAAAGGUACUAGUUCCCCGUCUAUCUAGUAUCACCAGUCCAUACGGGAUAAUUGUUCAUCCCACCAAACAGGAGUUCGUAGUCACAUCAAACGAGGGGGCUACUUCACUUGAGGUGUACAGAUUUAGUGACAAUGACGGUGUCAUUCAAUGAACACAUUGGUAUCAUUCUAGCUGGUACGCGUUUGUUGUUACAAGGAUAACAACGACCUUAAAUGACAGACCGUGUUAGUUCCUUUGAAGUCAUUUAAUCAUUCUUGUUAGAUCAUGAGAUGUUCCCUAAAUGAUCUUUUGAAGUUCCUGAAAAAAAUCAUCUUAACUUCAUGAAAAGUUCAUGUAGCCUUUCUGAAAAGUUCUUGUAAGUUUCAGUGAUGUUCCUGAAAAGUUCAUGUAGCCUUUCUGAAAAGUUCUUGUAAAUUCCAGUGAUGUUCCUGAAAAGUUCAUGAAUAUUUUCUGCGUUCUUUCUGUGAAGGAAUUACCUAUUCCUGGGGUUCAGAGAGCGAAAGUGAGCAUAACCCUUGGAGUAUCGAGCCCUCGAGGAAACAAAUAUCGGUCUUCACAUAUCCACAUGUUUUAAGAUGUGAAACAUGCUAGAAAUAUGAAAAGACAUCUUUAUAGUGAGGUUAGCAAUAGAUGACUAUCCGUCUGGUCGCUACAAUGCCCAUCAACUGUAUCACAACGGUAAAUGUAUUGCUACUCGGAGUAAAGAAGAGCACUUUUAAUAAUUUUGUUUAUUAUGAAGUAGGAAGGUUACCAUUGUCUGUGUGUAGAAUACUGAAAAUUAUUCAAUAUUGGUUAAAAUUAAAAACUUCGAAUAAUCGCAUUUCAAAAACAUGUUACGAGGAAUGAAUUUCGUCUAAUGAUAAUUGGAUUUUAGAUAUCCGCACUGAACUAAACAAAAUGGGAUUAACUUACCUUUGGGAGAAUGUUAGCAAUGAUAAAAAUAUAUAUACAAUCAUUGAGCAAAGACAUUUCGAUAUUUACCGACAGGAAAUAUUAACAAAUAUAAAAACAACUCUGAAAGGUUUCCUUUAUUGAUAGU